AUGUCCAUUGCAAUCACUGCCGACAGAAGAAAAAACACCUUGGCUCUAGUUAACAAUCUAAAGGUUUCUAUUGCUGCUGCUGCUUUUGUGCCAAAGGCCGAAGUUGCCCUAUCUGAAGACUCGUCUCUUCGUUUCGCAGACAAGACCACUGGUCUUGAGCUCGUGGAAGCCAAUGCUAUUGUCAAGUAUUUGGCCAAGGACUUUGUCAACAGUCCUGUUUUUGACCUUGAAGAAGGAUCUGUGUACACUGCCUACAAAGCUGGUAAGAAUGACGACGUUGUAGAGGCAUUGAACAAGAUCGGCUGCCCAGAAAACACCAAACUCUCUGCCUCUAAUAUUGUGCUCUUUUCAGCUGCCUUCCCUAAUAUUAAGGACUUGGCCCAUUUGAGUGGCUGGGCUAGUGACUUCCUGGCUUUGCCUGAGGUUGAGAAAGCCUUGAAAACGGCCACCACCGUCACCAUCAUUGAAAGAGUCAUGCCCAAAGGAAAUGGGGAGAUUCACGUGAAACCGGGUUUCACCGUGAAGAAGGCUGACGACAGCAUCAUCCCAAAGGAUAACGAGAGAAACAUUUUGAUCACCUCAGCUUUGCCCUAUGUGAACAACGUCCCUCACUUGGGUAAUAUUGUUGGCUCCGUGUUGUCCGCAGACAUCUAUGCGAGGUACGCCAAGAACAGGAACUAUAAUGCUUUGUAUAUCUGUGGAACUGAUGAGUACGGAACUGCAACUGAGACCAAAGCUUUGGAGGAGAAAGUGACGCCACAGCAAUUGUGUGACAAAUACCAUAAGGUCCACAAAGAAGUAUACGACUGGUUCGACAUUGGAUUCGACUACUUCGGCAGAACCACUACACCUUUGCAGACUGAGAUUGCUCAAGACAUUUUCAUGAAAUUGCACGAGAACAACUUCUUGGAGGAACAGACUACCGAGCAAUUGUACUGUGAAGUACACAACGCCUUUUUGGCUGACAGAUUUGUUGAAGGGACCUGCCCCAAGUGUGCUUACGAGGAUGCCAGAGGUGAUCAAUGUGACAAAUGCGGCAACUUGUUGAACCCAUUGGAGUUGAUCAAUCCUCGUUGUAAGCUCGACAACUCCAAGCCAGUACCUAAGAAUUCCACGCACGUAUACCUCAAGUUGAAUGAGUUGGAACCUGAUUUGAAGAAGUGGGUCGAAGAGGCUGCGGAGAAAGGUGCUUGGUCCAAGAAUUCAAAGACCAUUACGAAUUCAUGGUUGAAACAGGGUUUGGAGCCAAGAGGUAUUACAAGAGACUUGUCUUGGGGCACGCCUGUUCCUUUGGAAAAAUUCAAGGACAAGGUUUUGUACGUUUGGUUUGACGCCACAAUUGGGUAUGUCUCCAUCACGGCUAAUCUUUUCAAGACUAAAAACGACACUGACAGCUGGAAGAAAUGGUGGAAGAAUCCAGAAAACGUUGACUUGUAUCAGUUCAUGGGUAAGGAUAAUGUUCCUUUCCAUACUGUCGUUUUUCCCGCUUCUUUAAUUGGUACGAAGGACAAGUGGACAAAGUUGCAUCACUUGAAUACUACGGAAUAUUUACAAUACGAAGAUGGCAAGUUUUCCAAGUCUAGAGGCGUGGGCGUCUUUGGAAACAAUGCCAAAGACACUGGAAUCUCCCCAUCUGUGUGGAGGUAUUACUUGGCCUCGGUCAGGCCUGAGACCUCCGACUCGCAUUUCUCGUGGAAGGAGUUUGUUACGAAAAACAACUCAGAGCUUUUGGCCAAUUUGGGUAACUUGGUCAACAGACUAGUCAAGUUUGUAAAUGCCAAGUACAAUGGUGUCAUUCCUAAGUUUGAGACUAAGAAUGUUCCAAAGUAUGACGAGUUUCAAAAGGACGUCAAUGAAUUGUUGGCAUCGUACAUUGAAAACAUGGAAGCAGUCAACAUCAGACGUGGUUUAGAGAUUGCCAUGGCCAUUUCCUCUCGUGGAAAUGCUUUCUUGCAGGAUAACAAGUUGGACAACUCUCUAUUCUUGAACUCUCCUGAUGUUUCCGAUGGUGUUGUUGGUGUGGGCUUGAACUUGAUCUACUUGGUCUCUUCUGUAAUUUCACCAUUCAUGCCUGCCACCAGAGAUCAAAUUUGCGAAAUCUUGAACGCACCUGCUUUGUCAAUUACAGACAGAUUCGAACUAGUAUUGGAAUCGGGUCACAACAUUGGACAAGCUCAAUAUUUGUUCAAAAGAAUUGACGAGAAGAAGAUUGACGAGUGGAAAUCCUUGUAUGGUGGAAAGCAACAAGUUUAG